UUGGUUACAAGGCCUGUCGUGAGACGGCUUUGCACCGGAAAUGAAAGCGAAGCUAGGCGGUUGCUAACAGACACCAUCGAAGAUAAAAUGUCCGACAGCGAUGGGCCAGCACCGGAGCCGGCUGGACUGGACGGUCUACCGCCACUUUACAGCAUUUCUAAGGGAGAAGUGGUCUCUGUGCAAACUUAUGGAGCCUUUGUCCGCCUGCCAGGAUAUAAGAAGGAAGGUUUGGUGCAUGUCAGUGAAAUGUCAGCCACGCGUGUGGAGAGCGCCUCAGAGAUUGUAGACGUGGGAGAAAAGGUGUGGAUUAAAGUCAUUGGCAGAGAGAUUCAAGGAGACAAGAUCAAGCUGUCCUUCUCCAUGAAAGCUGUCAAUCAGGGCACGGGGCGGGACUUGGACCCCAAUAACGUCAUGGCAGAGCAGGACGCUAGGCGACGAAGGCAGUUUCGAGACCACACGGGCAACAGGAUCACACUGGAGGCUGUACUCAACACCACAUGCACCAAGUGUGGCUGCAAAGGUCAUUUUACAAAGGACUGCUACUCUGCACCGGGAUUGCAGUACUCGCUAGUGCCGGAAGAGGGCGAUGAUGAACCACAACAACAACAACAACAACAGCAGCAGCAGCAGACACACACAGCUGCACCCAGGAAAGACAAAGACAAGAAGAAGAAGAAAAAGAAGGACAAGAAAAUGAAGAAGAGGAAGCGGGAGAGGAAGGCGUCGGAUAGCGACGACAGCAGCAGUGACGGCGGCGAAUGCAAACCCAAGAGGCAAUGCCGCGAGCACACUCGGGAGCGGGAGGAAAAGCCGCAGAAGAAGAAACACAAGAAGCACAAAUCUCACAAACACAGCUGAGAGGUCAGAACAUUUUUAUUUUGUUUUUUUUGUUUUUUUAACCAUGAUCUUUUCCUGCCCCAAAAAACAACACACAUCCUCCAUUUUCUCUCUGACAUAACCUUCAGCUGCACAUGUGACGUAAAAACGUUAUAACGCUCAGCUUUCUGACGUUUGCGGAUGAGUGUAACAGGAACCUGAUACCUUGAGGUGACAUUUGUCUACACACACAGACAACCUCCAUGUUAACGGUUACCACCAAUAAAACAUUUUUGAGGUAAAAAAAAAAAAAAGUCUUGUUUUAGCCUGUUUCUCUUGCAUUGUGCAUGCAUAUAUUAUUUCCAGAUGUUCGGCAGCGCUCCAGUCCAGUUGGUUGGCGCUGAUUCACAAGCCGUGGUCCGCCUAAAGAUGAUUAUUUUUUGUGGGCUGAAAAAACGUCUGGCUGCAAUAAUCCAACUUAAAAGCGAUUAACUAUUUUCUUCAUCUACGCCAGAGGUGUCCAAAGUGUGGCCCGGGGGCUAGUUACGGCCUGCCGCACAUUCUAAAAAUAUAAUUUGACAAGAUAACAUUAAAAAACAAAAUAAAACAACAGCAAAAAUGGAAAAAUCAGCAGUACUUUUACAAGAAUAAAGUUUAAAUAUUAAGAGAAAAAAGAUGUAAUCUGGCAUAAAAAAGUUGUAAUAUUUGAGAAAUAACAUUAUUUUGUUGAAAUAUUAAAGAAAAAAAGAUUUUUAAAAAAUCACAAUAUUAUGAGAAACAAAACAAAUAAAAUUUGUAAUUUUGGGAAAAUGGGGCUGCAGUAAAAGUUAUUUUACAUUAAAGGGGACCUAUUAUACUCAUUUUCGGGCCUUUGUAUUGAGUUGUGGAUUCCUACAGAGCAGCUACACACGAUAACCCCAACAGGAAGCCUUCUAGAUCACAUGUGUCAAACUCGUGCACUGGAGGGC